UCACGAUACGACAAUCCGAAAAUGUAGUCAUCUGCCUAUCGUCGCUCUAUAAAAAUCGAGCGCGAAUUUCUCGUCGCGCGUUCUCGACCACGUUCCCAAAGGUGGUCGAGUUUCAACGACGGACAGUUGCUUUUUUUAGUGGUCGCGCGGGCAUCUUCACCGGAAGCGGUUAUUACGAUUCGCUGUUUGCCGCCAAAUCUAUCCUGCGUGCUGCGAUGGAGUUGUUUAUCCGUCGAUACCUGAAUGCAGCAGCGUAAAUAGCCGCGUCAAACGUGUAUACGUUUACGCUCCACUUCAUCGAGCUAGUACGUCGGGAUCAUCCCCGAGGUGUUCGUUGGAAUCGAAUCUGUUGCUGAUAAAAACAUUUCGAGAAUUCGUCGAAUACACCAUGGCCAAGGUUCAACUGGCUAACGUCGCCGUUCUCGAUAAUCCCUCGCCGUUUCUGAACCCGUUCCAGUUCGAGGUCACAUUCGAGUGCAUCGAGGAGCUCAAAGAAGAUUUGGAAUGGAAAAUGAUAUAUGUAGGUAGUGCAGAAUCAGAAGAAUUUGAUCAAGUUUUAGAUACCAUUUACGUUGGUCCAAUUCCAGAAGGAAGACAUAUGUUUGUAUUUCAGGCUGAUCCACCAGAUGUCAGUAGGAUUCCAGUCAAUGAUGCUUUAGGCGUAACUGUUGUAUUGCUGACUUGUUCCUACAGGGGUCACGAAUUUGUUCGAGUGGGUUACUUUAUAAAUAACGAGUAUACGGACCCGGAACUCCGGGAAAAUCCACCUCCACAGCCACAAUUUGAUAAAGUUCAAAGGAAUAUAUUAGGAGACAAACCACGUGUCACUAGAUUUAAAAUCAACUGGGACGAUUGUCAAACUGGAACGACGAAUAAUCUUCCCGAGGGCAUGGAAACGCCAGCGUUAGAAGAUACGUCACAAGAUGCACCCACGUCCACAUUAGGCUUUACGGAAAAUACACAAAAUGGUGGAAUGGAAGUGAUGUAAAAAACGAUUUGCUGCUGAUAAGAAUAAGGAUGAACUAGCAUUAAUACAGUAAUUUAAACGAUAAAGUAGUACCUGGAAAAAAAAGAUGGAAGUACACACUCCGUACAUAUAUUUAGAUAAUUCGAAAAAUCGCCCAAAUAUCUUUUCAUAUGAUUAUCGAUGUUUUCCUUCAAUGAGAGAUUCAACAAGUUUAUAUAUUUCGAAAAAAAUACUAUGUGUUGGUAAUGUGAUAAUCUUAAACCUGAACCUGAACAAAAGAGUAAAUUAAUUGUUUGUGGAAUGGUUAGUAUCUCAUGUUUCUCUUAAUCAAAUAAUGGUACUGGAUUACGCAUUAUUGUCUUCUUAACAUGGCGUAAUCUCUGCAAAAAAUGUACAAUUAAUUAAAUAGUACUUGUAUUAAACACCAUCUGCAAACAAUAAAUGAUAAAUGAUUAAUUGUGAAUCAUUUUACAGUAAUGCAAUGGAAUAUUCGACAAUGCUCUGUAAUAUUAACAAUAUUGUUUUAAAAUUACUGUGUUUCGGUAGCCUAUACUUUAAAGCUUAAAGCUAAAACAUAUGUUGAAUACUUUAAGUAUUAUAUUAUUAUUGCUUAUUAUAAUGUCACGUUGCAUGUAGAUCAUAAGGCAGUUUCCAUUUUUUAUUAGUGUAUAUACAUAAAUACUAAGAUAAAAAAAUACAUAUUAUGUUUUUUACUUGAAGAAAUAAGACAUAGCUUUUCUUC